GAAAAAACUACGCAUGUAUAUAUGCCUGAAAAAAUGUUUACUCUUUUGCAUAUUUCCCUAUCAACACUUGUAGUAUCAAAUGUCCUCUAAACUUUUAUUUGCUUAUUACUUUAUUCUCUUCUAUGUAGGUAUUAGCCUACUCUGCAUCAAUGUAUGCAAUGGAAAAGAUGAUUAUGAUCAAAUUGAAACAACAUACAAAACCUCUAUGGAAGAAGAAAUAAUCAAAGCACCAUUAAGUUUUAUACCAGUUUGUAAACCUCAACAAAUACAUACCUUCUCGCAACGACAAAUUAGAUGUGCCUGUGGAGUUCACUGCCGAUAUUUAUGUCAAACAAACAAAACAGAAACUAAAGAUAAAAAGGAGGAAGAAAAUGAACAGAAGAAAACGUGUAAAAGAGUAUGCCGACAAAAACCUUGUUAUCGACCAUUAACUCAUAAAAUUUAUAACUACCGCUUAGCUAGUGGUCUAUGCAGAAUGUGGAAUAUUUGUACAUAUCGUGCAAAAUGUGAAGGUAAAACACGUCGAUGGGUGCAGUAUCAUCUUACUUCAUGUCAAAGAUCAAGCACUCAGUCAUACUAUAAACAAUUCUGGAUGAGAAAUAAAUGACUUUCAAAGAUGUACCUACAUGUAUGCGCGUGACUGAAAAUUCUCUCUUGUAACUGUUUUAUGAAUUAACUCAAAUCUAAUUGUGUACUUAUCAUAUUUUGUGUUUCUUCUAUGAAGAUAUUUCGUGAAGAAAUGAUGAAAUGAUAAACAAAGGUCUCUUUAAAUAAAUUAAUGUGAAUCUAAGCUAUUCUACAAAAUACUGUAAAAGUUGUUUAUGACUGUC